CGUAGUGUGAAGAUACAGCCCCCGAGACUUACACCAGAGUCUGGAGAGCCUAUUACGAUCUUCAUGUAGGGCUCCAAGAUACCCUAAAGCAAUAUACAUCACUACAGGUCACUGAUACAGCACAGAACUGGCAUUACGGGGUAUAUUGGUGGGACCGUUGCUAAUUAUCUUAUCUCGUCUCAUCCCGAAGUCAACAUAACUGCUCUUGUACGAAACGAAAAUCAUGUAUCCAGUAUUCGGGCAAUGUUUCCAAAUGUUCGGAUAGUGAGAGGGUCUCUUGAUGACCGAGACGUCUUGAUUGAGGAGUGUUCAAAAGCAAAAAUGGUUCUACAGAUGGCUACGGACCACGAGGAAGGCUUGUUGUCAAUAAUCGAAGGCAUAAGAAGUAGCAAAGAGAAAGAUUGCGGGUAUCUCAUACACACGUCUAACAUAUCGACGCUGAUCGACCGAGACUUUCCACCGGGGGAGUGCGACGACAGGUUGGGCGAUGACGUUGCCGAUUUGAAUGCAAUCAAGGCAAAACUGUCAAAAAACGCGAGAGGUUCGGAAAUAAUGAUCAUGAAUGCGGCAGCACAGAACACCGAGAACCACAGGCCCGUGAGGUCUGCCAUAGUGUGCACUCCAGCAGUAUAUGGCUUUGGCCGGGGGCCAAUCCGCAAACGCGGAGGAAAGUUGACAGACUUGAUGAGGGCUAUCAUACUGCAUAAAAGCGCAUUCGAGGUGGGAAACGGGCGAAACUUUUGGAGUUUGGUUGAUAUCGACAAUCUGGCUAAGGCAUAUUUGCUCUUAGUCGAGAAAGCACUCGGCCCAAUAGGCGUGGGGCCCGGAGACUGGGAUUCUAAAGGGUAUUAUAUUGUUGAAACGGAGGAACUUUGCUGGGGCCUAUUUGCACGAGGCAUAGGUGAUCGGGUCCAGCAACGAUUUUUUAUCGAUGAACCAUCUAUUGUCAAGAAGUUGACCGAUAACGAGGUCAAUGCAAUAUACGCCGGAGGCUCGACAUACUGGGGGACAAAUGCUAGGCUCCUGGGGACUCGUUUGCGCAAGCUUGGUUGGAACCCCUACCGCGGCGAUCUGGUAGAAUACGUCGAUAAAAGAUUGGGGGUUGAGAUUCAGGAGCUUUAUGGGAUCACCAUUGAGGAACAAGAAUUUGAAACAGACGAGAGACGUCCCGAGGCUUCCCUAGACAACCCGUCCGUUUUACAGGCCAACUCUGGAAACGUCAUGGAUGAGAAUGCGGAUGCUGUUUCGACUGAUGAAGAAGUGUCGAUGCAACUACGGAGAGAAGCGGCAGCAGAGACUAGAGAACCGACAGCAGAGGCUAGAGAACGGACAGCGGAGACUAGAGAACCGACAGCAGAGACUAGAGAAGAGACUGAGGAAAAUGAAGGGGGAGGGGGAGAAGAGGGGCAAAAGGGGAGGAAGAGAGAGAAGGGGAGGAAGAGAGAGAAGGGGAAGAAGAGAGAGAAGGGGAAGAAGAGAGAGAAGGGGAAGAAGGAGGAGGAAGAGGAAGAGGAGGCGGAAGAGGUGGAAGAGGCGGAAGAGGCGGAAGAGGCGGAAGAGGGGGAGGAAGUGGGGGAGCGGGAAGAGGGGGAAGAGGAGGAGGAAGUGUGA